CCCACACUGACUAGCAAGCCACCGGCCGACCCAAAUUGUGGAAACCCGUUAAAAGAGUUGAAGCACCGUCGAGGGAGCGAGCAAUGGCGGACUACGGCGGAGAGUACGGGCACCCGUACCCGCGCGUCGACGAGUACGGCAACCCGGUGCCGCCGGUCGACCAGUACGGCAACCCCAUCCCGAGGGAACCGGGCCAGGCUCCGGCGUACGGCUCUGCCGGCGCGGUGACGCCGGCCGCCGAAUAUGGCGCGGGCGUGAAGCCGGGCUACGGCCUGGGCGGCGCCGUGCACCCGCACGAGAGCGUGGUGGGUGGCGCCGUUCCCCCGUCCGGCGCGGCGUACGCGCACGAGGGCGCGGUGAGCGGCGGCCUCGCCCCUGGCGAGACCACGGCGUACGCUUAUGAGGGCGCGGUGAGCGGCGGCCUCGCCCCUGGCGAGACCACGGCGUACGCUUAUGAGGGCAUGGUCGGCAGCGGCAUCGGCGCCGGCGCCGGCGACCGGAUCCAGCCGGCCAAAGAGGAGCACACGACGCUGGGCGAGGCUUUGCGGCGCUCCGGCAGCUCCAGUUCCAGCUCCAGCUCGUCGUCCGAGGAUGACGGGCAAGGCGGGAGGCAGAGGAAGAAGAAGGGCAUCAAGGAGAAGAUAAAGGAGAAGCUUCCGGGCAACCAAAAGCACGAGGAGCAUAAGGCAGGGCACGCGGCGGCGCCGGCGGCUGGGACGGGGACGCACGAGAAGAAGGGUAUCAUGGAGAAGAUCAAGGAGAAGCUCCCUGGACACCACUGAGCAACGUGCGUGCGCCUCACUUGACACGGUUCUUUGACCAUGUACGACCUAAAUGAUCAGUCGCUGGUGUAUAGUGAAUUCGCUAGCAGAUUAGUAUUUUCCUUC